CUGGGAGUGGUCACAUGUAUAAAAGCUGACUUGUCUUCCUUCUUUCUGCAUUCGACUUGUCUCUCUCUCCUCUUCCUCGUACCCAAGACUCUACCUGCACAGGAUGUCGUGGAAGCCAUACGUUGACAACUUGAUGGCGCCUGACCAGAGUGGGAACCGCGUGGUGGCUCAGGCGGCCAUCUGUGGGUGCUUGCCGGGGCAAGAGGCUGUGUGGGCCUCCUCAGAAGGCUUCGCCUGCAUCUUGGAGGCUGAAAUUAAGAGGCUGGCUGGGGACAGGAAGGACUUCGGCCAGUGUGGCCCUACGAUUGCCAACAGAAAGUGCAGGUUGAUCCGAGACAACCUGAGCACUGAAGGUUUGUACACCAUGGACUUAAAGACUGGGGCGGACGCUGAAGGCAACACCUACAAUGUAUGUGUCGGCAGGUCCAACCAAGUUAUAGCCAUCAUCAUGGGCACAAAAGAUGCCAAUGGGGGGCAACUUUCCGAAAAGAUGAACAAACUUGUUGUCUACCUGAGGGCCGCCGGCAUGUAACUCAAGAUGGCCAUAAAACAAGAUGGCUGCCACACCUUACCUAGCUCAACUCAAGAAAACAGCCGCUGUUCUUAGCAUCUUUAGUUUUAUAUUAUCUUGACCUUCCAGGCAUAUUUCUCUGUCAUCAACGAUGUGUUUAAAGUUUUAUUCUAUGUAAUGAAAGUGAACAUGCACAUGUGGCAUGUACUGUAUGUUAGAGCGUGCUCACAGCUGACCUAUAGACUGUAUUUAAAAAUAUAGACAACCUGAGGCUCCCAGAAGUGAAGCCACUGCGAGUCACCCCCUGGUGGCUGGUAGCAGUAUAUGUCAUAAACCCUGCCUCCUCCAUGUAUGAACACAAGCCAAACUAAAAACUCAAGGUACAAAUCUAAUAAUAUUUUCCCAGAGUUGAUUUCUGUGGUUUUGGGUAGAUAUUAUCAAAGGGAUUGUGCACAAGUGGGCUUUGUUCUGGUAAGUUUGUUUUAAUAAGUUAUUUGAUGAUAUAAAAAGGGUGUAUUCCAACUGACUGACAGCUUUGAUUAGCAGGUUGACACCUUAGCUCCACCUCUGGUCACUACUGCGCAGAAUGGUUGCAGAAUGCAUCACAAAAGCAAGAUGGCUGCCCCUGUAAUGGCGAUUUACUGGCUUCACUUCUGCACAGCGGCAGGAAGUGGUGACACAUCAUCCAUUUUUAUAUACGGUCUGUGGUCUGACUGCGCAUGGUGGUGUUGUUGUUUAAAGUAGCGAGCCAGUGUAACAUCUGGACAGUGGGCAGAGAGCCAGUGUAACAUCUGGACAGUGGGCAGAGAGCCAGUGUAACAUCUGGACAAUGGGCAGAGAGCCAGUGUAACAUCUGGACAGCGGGGUGAACCUGCAUCCAGUCACAACCCUGUAAAGACAAGUCACACACCUGAAAAAUAAAAAGACCAGCAUGUUACAACACUCUUGAGCGCUUGUAUCUUUUAGUAAAACACCAUUAACGAACAGCUACUGUCAUUUGUACUGCACUUACUACUGCUGCUACUAAUAUUAUUAGCAUGAGUAAUUAUAUACUGAUGACAUCAGUGAUGUGCGGUGAGGUUGACAGCUGGUGAGGCUCCCGUGGUCUGAAGCAAACCUUUCAGCUCCAGCGUUGGUCUUCCUUUAGUUAUUACCUCUUGUUUUGAUUGAAAGUCCAGAUUUGCAAAUUUUCUCAGCUUGGAAAUGUAAUCUUCCAUU